AUGACUACUACUACGACGGCUUUGAAUACGAAUAUGAAUCGUCUCCUUGCGCUUGUGUCCAUCUGGUUGUCUGCAGCAACAACAACAGUCCAGGGAGAGUUGGUGAUUAGUGAAGUUGCACCCAGAGGCAGUUCCAAUGCUUGCGAUGGAGACGACUGGGUGGAAUUGUGGAACAAUGGUGAUGAGGCAAUUCUCAUGACUGGUUGGAUGAUUGCCGAUGACAGGGGUUGGACGACUCCUGAUUCCGAGCGCUUUGAAUUCCCAGAUGGCUUUGAAAUUGGAGCCGAUGAAUAUCUGUUAAUGUGCACUGGCGGUGAUACUAUGAAUCUUGUCACACCCAUGAACGCCAAUUUCACCUCGUUUGUGGGGCCAACCUUUGGAAUUGGAGCAGAGGAUUCUUUGAAUCUAGUGCGCCCCGAUGGAUCCUUUACUGUUUUGGGACCGUUUCCAGAACCCCAGAGUGGCAGUAUCAAAGACAUUACAUUCGCAUUGGACCCCUCCACAGGAGAAUACAACUUUACUUCUACGCCAACACCCGGUGAGCCAAACAUUAUUACUCGAGUUCCUACAGAGGCAGAAUUAAUCGAGGAACAGAAAGUACAAUUGGCUGCUCAAAAUGAUGCAGGAAUUGAGUUUUUCAAUUUUAAUCGACAAGGGUUGCCCGUGGAAGAUGGAUUUGAUGCCAUUGUGGAACUCAAAAUCACCAUGGCAAAUUCUGAUUUUGAUUUACUCAUGAGCAAUCCACAACACCAAACAUACUUUGAUUUUCAAUCAGCCAGUGUAGUGACAGAAGAUGGGGUUGAAUUGUUGGUUCUGGAUGAUCCUGGAAGGAUCCGAACAAGGGGAGACGAAGCAACCUUCAUGGCCAGUUGCUUGGGUUCUCCCUUGCCGUUUCGCCUGGAUUUUGAUGAUGUCAACAAGACACAAACGCUCUUUGGAGUCCAACAAAUAUAUCUAAGGCAUCCGCUCUUUGAUGCCUCUUAUAUGCGAGAAUGGGCCUAUCCACGAAUGUUGGCUCGCUUUGGAAUGCCUCAUGCUCGGACCCGCAUGGUGCACUUUUACAUCAAUGAAAAACUGAUUGGAUUCUACACGCUGAUGGAAAUCCCAGAGCAAGAAUACGUCUUUGCCAGAAAUUUCCCAAAUUACAACCCCAAGAACUUUGCUCUCUUCCAAAUCGAUCCCUUGACAGAAGGGUGUGGACAGUACUCCCAGGCGGAACUCCAAAGUGGUCGGGACCGAGUGGAUGAUUCCAGCACUCCUCCCUAUUCCUUUGAGCGUGGUACACAUGUGCGGCCAAUUCAAGAGCUAGGUGCAGACAUGUUUAAGGAGUGUCAAGCAGCGUUUGCUGACUACAAAGCCAAUACACUGAUGGAGGAUGUUGUGCUGGCAUAUGUACGCCAUGAUGAAGUUUGCUCCGACACGUUUCUAGACGAAGGAUUGGUGGACCAGGAAUUGGGCUCUGACAAUUGGGACAAUGAAAUCAAAAACUUUAUUCGUGAUUUCAUGUCAUUCCAGCCAUGUGACCCCGAUUGUACCAAUUCAGAUCUGGCGAAGCAAGUGGACAUUCAGAACUUUCUCAAGAUGUUUGCUUUCUAUGCUGUCACUCUAACUAUCGACUCUCCCCUCUCUGAAGUCAACAAUUACCACUUGGCACAAGAAGAAAGCAAGGAAGAGAAGUGGAAACUUGUGGCCUAUGACUUUAGCAAGCCUGGUUCUCCUUCGUGCAAUACUAAAGUUUGUGAAGAACGAUUGAUUCACUGGUCUCUUGUACGCCCUACCUGCCUCUCAUUGGAAGAAAAUGUGUUGGUGGGACCUCUACUUUUGAAUGUCACUGCCAGUACCGAGUACUUGGGUUAUGUUCGGGAGUUCCUGGAUACAGUCUUCGCCAACGCCACUUUCCUGGAACAGAUCCAGAGCCAUGCCAGUGAAAUUCAGGAUGCAGUAGAGUCAUCAUUCGGUGGAAGUGCUGGAUCCUUUGCCAAUGAGCUGUCCCCUGAUGCAACCUCUUGGGAUGCUGGUGGCUUCCCAUUACUGCCAACCAUGAAAGCUCGGGCAGAAGAUGUUGAAAAGCAGCUGGCAGCAAUAGAUGAUGGAAGCAUUGCACGAGGGCCUCAUCAAGGCAAAGAGAAUGAACCUUGGGAAUCCUGUGGGGAUUGGCAACUCUCGGAACCAGACACAUCCGCUUGUGAGGGGGGGUGUAAGUACGAUGGUUGCAACAUGCCAGGUUGGACUGUGGAAUGUUUUUGUGAGGAGGCUACUGGUGUGUGCUACCGUGGGGACGAAGAUCUUUCCUGUGAUGGUAUUGUGGAUGGAGAACGGUACACCGGUAUGGAAGAUGGCACUUUUUGCAAGCUGGCUGGGGGGGUAACAGUCAAGGCUUCUGCUUGCCUGGAACCUGGUGCGGUUGCUGUGUCCAACGAUGGAGGAGACUCGCCUUCUUCAUCCGGGAGCAGCAGAUGGUCAACAGCAGCUGGCGCUUGGCCGGUUGCCGAAUUAUUAUUUGUUUGCGUUCUGGUUCUUUCUCGGUCUUCUUGGUAA